AUGCCGCUGGGGGGGUUUGCGGGUCUGAAGGAGAAGGUGCUUAAACCAGGGAAGGAGGAGUUGAAGAACAAUGUUGGUGACUCUAUGGGGAACCUACAGAAGAAAAUUGAUGGGACUAAUGUGUCUGAGGAGGAUAAUUUCGAGCUGACAGAAGAUGGUCGGCCAGUGGCAGCGCCUAAACACAGUCCACCCCUGUUGGAUUGUGGCUGCUUUGGACUUCCAAAACGUUACAUUAUCGCCAUGCUCAGUGGAUUUGGCUUCUGCAUCUCAUUUGGCAUCCGCUGCAACCUGGGUGUGGCCAUCGUAGAAAUGGUCAACAAUAACACUGUCUACAUCAACGGGACUGCCGUGAUGCAGCCAGCUCAGUUCAAUUGGGAUCCAGAGACAGUGGGUUUAAUACACGGCUCAUUCUUCUGGGGCUACAUUGUCACUCAAAUCCCCGGAGGUUUCAUCUCCAAUAAACUAGCUGCUAACAGGGUCUUUGGGGCAGCAAUUUUCUUGACAUCAGUGCUAAACAUGUUUAUUCCAUCAGCUGCCAGGGUCCAUUACGGCUGUGUGCUGUUUGUGCGCAUCUUACAAGGACUAGUGGAGGGUGUCACAUAUCCAGCUUGCCAUGGUAUGUGGAGCAAAUGGGCUCCUCCGCUGGAGAGAAGCCGUCUGGCCACUACAUCUUUCUGUGGAUCUUAUGCAGGAGCUGUGAUAGCCAUGCCGCUGGCUGGAAUAUUAGUGCAGUAUGUGGGCUGGCCCUCUGUCUUCUAUAUAUAUGGUGUUUUUGGCAUUAUAUGGUAUACCUUCUGGCUCCUGCUCGCUUAUAACAGCCCAGCUGCACAUCCCACCAUCAGUGAGGAAGAAAGAAUGUACAUAGAGGCCUCCAUUGGGGAGGGAGCCAAUCUAAUGAGUGCUACUGAGAAAUUCAAAACUCCUUGGCGUAAAUUCUUCACAUCUAUGCCUGUCUAUGCCAUUAUUGUGGCAAACUUCUGUCGUAGCUGGACCUUCUACCUCCUGCUCAUUAGUCAGCCAGCUUAUUUUGAAGAGGUCUUUGGCUUCCCCAUCAGCAAGGUGGGCAUGCUGUCAGCUGUGCCCCACAUGGUGAUGACGAUCAUUGUGCCGAUAGGAGGCCAGCUGGCUGAUUACCUGAGGAGUCAUAAAAUCCUUUCUACCACAAAUGUGCGCAAAAUCAUGAACUGUGGAGGUUUUGGCAUGGAGGCUACACUGUUGCUGGUGGUGGGGUUCUCUCACACACGUGCUAUGGCCAUCUCAUUUCUCAUUCUGGCUGUGGGCUUCAGUGGAUUUGCGAUAUCAGGUUUCAAUGUAAACCAUCUGGACAUAGCUCCACGAUAUGCCAGUAUCCUCAUGGGCAUCUCCAAUGGAGUGGGCACCCUGUCUGGAAUGGUAUGCCCCCUCAUCGUUGGAGCGCUCACCAAACACAAGACUCGUCUAGAGUGGCAGAAUGUUUUUGUGAUCGCGUCCAUGGUGCAUUACUCGGGUGUGAUCUUCUACGCCAUCUUCGCCUCCGGUGAGAAGCAGGACUGGGCUGAUCCUGAGAGCACCAGCGAUGAUAAAUGUGGCAUCAUUGGAGAAGACGAGCUGGCCGAUGAGACAGAGCCCAUCGGUGAUAGUGCCCUGGCAAUCAGAAAGAAGUCUUACGGUACCACAGACAAUUCCACAGGCCGCAAGCAAGGCUGGAAGAAGAAGAGGGGGGUUACCAUGCAAGAUGAUGAGGAUCAUGGGUCAAAUCAUUAUGAAAACGGGGAGUAUCAAAACUAGUUUCAAUGACAUUCUGUCAGUGAAAGCCCAGGACUGCUCUCACAUCCAAAGAGUGAUGUGAUUAUUUGACUCCAGAGGUCAGGCCACCCUGGGACCUCAACAUUUCUUUUUAACAUUUGACACAACAGCAUAUGU